AUAACUUUAUUUUCCAUUUCACCCAUAACCUUCUGAUAUAUUCAGUUUUUAUCAGCAGCUGUUAAAAUUACGUUACAUUUAAACGCCACACUAGUGGAAGAAAAACUACUUUCUGUUGACCUGCUGCUGUGUGCAGAACGCUGUAUGAGCUCAACGUUAUGAUCUAUAACAACUGAUCAGAGUGUGUUUAAGGUUCUGUGUGGUUACUGUUCAACCCAUCAGUGGAGAAAAGGAAUUAUACACAACAGGUAAACAUAAGAAAAUAAGACAGGUUUUAUACGGACUACUGGACAGAUGCCUCUGAACAUUCAGCUUGAAGUUUUAGUACAGAGACAAAGUUUUAACAGCAGUGAGCCAUUUCCUCUGAUAACACCUCCCUCAUGAAAAUGAGCCGUCUUUUAGCAGCGAUCACAACCACAGCAGGCACAAGGCAGGAUUUUUCAGAUUUUGUGCAGCUUGCAAUUGUGUGUCACAGACUUUUAAUUCACAUUUGUCAUAUUUGUGUGACUCAUUAAGAUAUUCUCCUCCUGAAGGUGAAACACGUGUGCAUAAGGCCAGCCGCAGUCACAAACUCUGAGUCUGUUCACAAAAGGUUUCACAGAAAUUCCAGUCACGUGACUUGGGGUUUUCAGUGUCAUCACCAUGACAAUUCACUGAUUUUUUUUUUUAUUAUUUUCAUUAGAUUAUUUCAUCAUUCACAGCUCUUCUCCCUGAGGAUUCUGGGUAACAAACUGAUCUCUGGGUUCAGUCCAUGUGGAAGAGUCCUGACUGUACUCUGAUACUUUUACCUGUAACUGAGUACUAGUACCAUGGUGUUGUUUUACUGCAGGCAGAGGUUCUGCCUCCUCUGUUGCUGAGUGUGUCCUGUCCCAGCAGGGGGGGCCCUCACUGCCUUAUCAUACAGAGCGUUUUCUUUCCUGAAUGUGGGCUGGAAGGCUGCUUCAGGUGACCUGAUCAGCACUGUUCAAUAAAUUGAAGAUUACUGGUUUAUUGAGACAUUUAUAGAUCAAAAAUCAAUAUUUCCCUCAUUUUGGAAUAUUUUCAAGCAUAUUUAUGGCUUUCAGUGGUGAGCACUGAACUGGUUCACUGAUAAUAUUCAAUCCAUAUUAAUGUAAAUAUCUAUCCAUUCUCCUCUGCUUAUCAACUUGGUAGGAUCGCGGGUGGGGGGUUAGUUGGCACUGUGUUGCAAAGCCAACACAGAGACAGACAACCAUUGGCAUUCAACAGAACUUAUUCCAGCUAAUUUUAGACUUGAGUGUCAAGAACAAAAACACAUUUUCCUUUGAUAAACAGGUUAAUUAUGUUUUUACAUUGUGUCAUAGUUAGGGCUUACAGAUACUAACAGAAGCUAAUGGAGGUUAGUAGCAGCUAAUAAAUAAUAGCAGUUAACAGUAGCUAAAAUUAACUAAGGGGUAACUAACAUACUCCAGCAGCGGAACAAACAGCAGUGUUAUGGCAGAAAAGUUCAGCAUAUCCUCAGCAGCUCACCUCAGUAUAGUUUUUAUCAGUGGGAACUGAGCUUAACUGAGUCAUCGACUCAUGUCUGAGUCCUUUCAUGAAGUUUUGCAGCCUCCUGCAGAGUAAACAGAUGCACACUGCCCGCCUUUACAAGAGGGAAAACUGACCCGGAUCUGGACCUGCAACUUUGCAGAUGAACAGUAGCCCACAUUUUUGAGGUGAACCCAAAAUAUCUAAUUGACACAUUUCCGGUUUUUAUUUCUGAUUUAUUGCUAAGUAUUGAUAUUAUUCAAAUGUGUUAAUAAUGUAUUUUUUAAACAGUAGUAUAAAUAUGCCAGUUGUUAUGAGGUAAAAUCUAGAUUUGGUGUUUUUGAUCUCUCCUACAGCAGCCACCGCAGCUAGAAUUAUGCUCUUGAUUUGGGAGGGGUAAGAAAACAAAACUCAUCUGAUUCCAGCUACUGACAUCUGUUAGUGAAAAAUUUACACACUGUAACUUCAAUAAAAAAAAUAUUCAUAAUAAAAUGUUUCUAGUUAUUUUUGUUUUUUGUUUCUCUGUAUUACCAUUAUCAUAACUAUUUCAUUAGUUCAUAUUAUUCUGUGCUAGAAUCUUCUAUCCCUGGUUAACAGGCUAAUCGCUGCAGAUUUAUUGGCGUGAAGGGGGCGUGGUCAAGCAGGCAGACUGUCCUGUCAGUCCUCACUCAGGGCACACUCCGCCCUCUACUGCAGUCCGCUGCUUUAAAGCUGAUCCAGAGUCAGCCGCAGGUUAAUCUCCGCUGGAAGCUCCCGAACAGGAGUUCAGUUAUUCAGACACAGAGUCUAGGCAGGAGCCGGUGAAGCGCCCGGAGCUCUCAGCGUGGACUGUGCCAUGUUUCUAUGACCUCGGGAUUUUUGAAGCCGCACCUGCAGCUGAUGCUCCACCGUGAAGCAGCAUGAACGGAUACGAACCUCCAGCUCUCGCCUCGGGCGUCUUCGGCUCCUACAGCUCGCCCAUCAACGGCCACGAUGCUCCAUCUCCAGAGCCUCCGACGCACAAAGCCAAGACCAGUGCCAAAGCUCUUUACGAACAAAGGAAACAUUACACCAAAACCAGCAUCAACAGCCUGACAGACACGUCGCAGUAUCAUGUGGAGCACCUGACCACGUUUGUGCUGGACCGCAAAGACGGGAUGAUCACAGUGGAUGACGGCAUCAGACGCCUCCGUCUACUCGAUGCUAAAGGGAAGGUGUGGACCCAGGAGAUGCUGCUGCAGGUGGAGGAGAAGACGGUGAGCCUCAUCGACUUAGGAACGAAGAACGAGCUGGAGAACUUCCAGAUCGGCUCCAUCCAGCACUGCCAGGCCGUGAUGAACGCCUGCAGCUACGACUCCAUCCUGGCUCUGAUCUGCAAAGAGCCAGGUCAGACCAAACCUGAUCUCCACCUGUUCCAGUGUGAUGAAAUCAAGGCGAAUCUGAUCCAAGCUGACAUAGAAAGUGCCAUGAUGGAUGCCAAAGGAAGCAAAGUGAAGAAACGGCCGGAGACCCUGAAGAUGAUUCUGAAGAGUGACGGCAUUAUCCCCCCUCCCCCUUCCGCUCCUGCCCCCCAGCCACCACCGUCACCUGAUCUGGUGGACGUAAAGAGUCGUGCAGCAGCCUGGUCGGCAUGGACCAAUGAGCAGUAUGAGGCAGACGAUAGGCGGCUGUCGCAGGACAAUGGGCCGGUGGAGAUGACAGCAGCUCGCGUAGACCGCGAUGUGCAAAUCCUGAACCACAUCUUGGACGACAUCGAGUUUUUCGUCACCAAACUUCAGAAGGCUGCCGAGGCCUUCGGCGAGCUCUCCAAGAGGAAAAAGAACAAGAAGGGCAAGAAGAAAAGUCCUGGAGAGGGCGUCCUGACGCUGCGCUCCAAACCUCCGAGCGAAGACGAGUUUGUCGACUGUCUGCAGAAGUUCAAGCAUGCCUUCAACCAGCUGGGGAAGCUGAAGGACCACAUCCAGAACCCGAGCGCCGUGGAGUUGGUCCACUUCCUGUUCACGCCACUAAAGAUGGUGAUCCAGGCUUCGGGCAGCGUGGAUCUGGCCCGUAGCGUUGUUGUUCCUCUGCUGACCAGAGACGCCAUAGACUUCCUUCACGCCUCGGGGACGGCGGAGGAGAGACACUUGUGGGUUGCCCUGGGAGACGGAUGGACAAAGAGCAGGCUGGAGUGGCCAAAGGACCACUACUUCCCCCCGUGUGUUCUGAAGUUUCGUGAUGGUUGGGAGCCACCUGCGUUGCCGGCGAUGACCCAGAGUCGUGAGCAGGAGCUCGCUCAGCUUGCCGAAAGCCUCGCCAAUGCCAACCUGCAGAGACCGGAGGACCCGAGGCCGUGGGUGACUCAGGAGGUGGCGCUGCAGAGGUUCCCACCUGCUGACGGGUAUGCCUUCACCAACACCUCCUACAAACGCAUGCAGAUCCUGGAUCAGGACACGGCCGUGGCUGCUUUCAAACACGCCGCCAGCCGCCAUGUAGACCGAGGCUUCGACGCCGACGGCAGAGGGCAGCCCAAAAUGUUUGCCAAAUCGAAGUACGACUUUGUGGCGAGGAACAACACAGAGCUGUCAGUGCUUAAAGACGAGGUGGUCGAGGUGCUGGACGACAGGAAGCAGUGGUGGAAGGUUCGUAACGGCUGUUGGGCGACGGGCUACGUGCCAAACAACAUCCUGGAGAUCACCAAAGCAGUGGACAUGACCAGCCGAGGAGAGCCCAUCUACAGCCACACCGUCCAGAAACAGACCACAAGGACAGAGUUUGUCCCCAGCAAACCCGUUGCCACGCCGAUGCCCCCAGCCCCCGCACCGGUUCCUCCUGCUCCCGCCCCCGCCAGGGUCCCCACGCCACCACUGCCUCCUCCGGCCGCAGAGCCUGCAAAGCUGGGGGCAGCAGCAGCGCAGUCAGCCGACAGAACAGCAACGCGUCCAGCGAUGGGCAGCGUCGCCAUGAGGGAGCAAAACAGCCAGAAACCUGCUGUUGCCGCCGCCAGCCGCAGGAAGUCGAACAUGGAGGAGGUCCAGGACGAGCUGAUGCACAGGCUGACGCUCGGUCGCAGCGCCCAGAAGAAAUUUCAGGGUCCCGCCCGCAGUGGCAACACGCCGUCGGUCAGCAUCACGUACGACUCGACGCCAGAAGAGGUCAAAGCGUGGUUGGAGGCCAAAGGCUUCAGCCCCGUCACCAUCACCAGCCUCGGCGUGCUAACUGGCGCUCAGCUCUUCUCGCUCAACAAGGAGGAACUGAGGACGGUUUGUCCUGAUGACGGCGCCCGAGUCUUCAGUCAGGUCACCGUGCAGAAGGCGGCGCUUGAGAAGAGUGCAGGCUCCGAGCUGCAGGAGAUCAUGAGGAGGCGGCAGGAGAAACUGGCAGCCAGCACCUGUGAUUCAGGGGUGGAGUCUUUCGAUGAAGGCGGCCCCCACUGAGCUCCACCCAGCUCCUCCCCUUCCUUCCUUCCUCCCUCCCUCUUCCCUCCCUCUGCUGUACCUUUUCCUUUUUUUUUUUUCUUUUUUUUUCAAACCGCAGCCUGCUGCUCUCUCAAUCCUCAGGCGGCGGCCGACCGCGCGGAGUUCGUGGAGAUCAUGCGGCGUAGACAGGAACUCCUCAGCUCGUCUCCAUAGAAACAGAAACCGACCGCCCACCUGACCGCCCACACACAAUAUUCUGCCAUGUUUGCCUGGAGUUCACAUGAACACUUUGUGGACUUGUUUAGUUGGUGAAAAGCUGUUCGCUCACCGUUUCCAAAGCAAAGCCUCGCAGUAUUAACGUCAGCGCCGCGCCCGGUCCUCUCCGCUUUAUCACUGCGGUCAGGUCACACAUAGGAGCGUUUCAUGAUGUAAUGAUGUAAACACACUGCACAGGAAGUGCUGAUCCUGUGUUUUUAUUUCCAAAGAGGGAUUGAUCCUGCACACGUGGAUUAUUCCCUCUGUGCCUGGGUACAGUGAGAUCACGGAGAGGCUAAAACUGAGCCUGGUACUUUAGCCAUGCCUGACUGGUUGUUACAAAAAUGAAAUUCACUAAAUGAACAUUAUUCUAUCAUCUACGCUAACAGACUGAUAAAUAUACAUUUAAGAGUUUUUGAGAGAAUUAUUUGAUGGGAUUUCAUUUUCUCAGAUUAUAUUAAAACUAUUUGAUAACCAAACAGAAGCAAAAUGAAAUGCACAUAACUUUAUAAAAAUAACUUAUGAAGAACAUCUGUCACAGAGUGAGUGAUCAGAUUUCUUACAAAAAAUGAUAUUUGGUAAUCAGCAUUUUUGCACAUGAAUAAAAAUGCUGAUGUUUUUCAGGCAGAGGUAACAACCAAUGAAACAAGCCGAAGCAGCUGAGGUUGUUUGUAAUUGCUCAGAUCUGAAAGUCUUUCUUUGACUUUGUUCUGAGGGUAAAAACACAAAAUGAAUGUAGUUGAACUCAUCAUGCCCCGUCCAAAGCAACAGGUAGCCAUCAUGUUUCUGUCUCAUUGGUCGUCUUACCUGUUCGAGCUGCAGGUGAUGUGAUGCCAGCGAGUGCUGACUGUAUUCAGGUCGAGUAACAAAAGCUUAGAUUUGGUGUCCUCCCAGGAGGAGGCUGAUAGUAAUGGCAGCAGCAGUGACAUAAAGCUAGUAAGACGAACAAUCUGAAAACUGAAGCGGCGAAUUCUCAAACUUUUGAUCGAAUCACUGCAGACUUUAAUGUUUAUUCUUUGAACAUCCACCAUGAUGACCAUUUAAAAAUGUAUCUGUAUAAGAAGUAACAUCAGACUCAACAUGAAGGAGCUAAACUUAGGAUGACGUGAAGGGUGAGAAGCCCCUGCAGAAAACUGUUUUAACAGAAAUCUAAUGGGGAAAAAAAAUCUGCAAAUUGAACUCUGUAUAUUCUAUUGAAAACCUGAUGGAAAAGAAACAUUUUACCCCUGAAAAAUCUGCAUUUUUGUUCUUCAGCUCCACAGAGCUGCAUUCUGUCUGGAUGAGCUCGAGAGCGCCCCCUGUGGCACAGGUAGUUCACAGGUUUAAGUUCACAUUUUAAAGGUUACACGCACACAUUCACAUGGACUUGAUUUCGAACUGGAUCACAAUAAUGUCUCAUACAAUGGAGUCCGGAUCUUUCACAUUAAGGGUUAUAAAGGGUGUAAUCUGUUUUCUUAACGGGCUUUUAAUGUGAAAAAUCUGCCCUUUUUGAUCACUCUGAAAAUCACCCAACCCAAUCAGCGAGGUGACCAGUGUGACUGAAGCGAUGAUGUGGUCUAACAGUCACGGGUCUGAUGGUUUCCGCUGUGACUGGAUUGGUUCGUGCUGGUCACGAGCACGCUCAAAGUUAUUUGAACACUGGCUAUUGUUUGAGAAUUUACCGCCAAAAAUCAGCAACAGAAGCUGUUCAGAUCAGUGAGAAAAAAAUAAAGUAAAAACAUACAGACUGUUUCUGUUUGUACAAGCAGCCUGAAAACACUGUAAAUGAAAGAUGUAAACACUCAUAGAAAAGGAAAUGUAGAGAAAUGAGCCUGUACUCACUGUGGCAUUGAUUGUAUUGAUUUUGUUUCCACUUAUGCACUUAAUCUUCUGAAGGAAAGUUUUGUCUUUGUCUGAACUGUAGCACCACAUUGUAAUAAGAAUAAUGAUUAAAGCAGAGUAGUUUACAGUUUAUGAAGAAUUGCUUGUUGCUAAUGAAAGAACAGUAAAAGUUUAUGUAAUGUAGUUUUACCCAAACAGAUGUAUAGAGGCCAAUCAGGAGGAAAGGUUAGAGUUCAUUUGUACGUGUAUAGUUUUUUUUUUCGUGCCUUUUCCAUGUAAAUCUGCUCAUUCUGCAAUAAAAUAUUUACCAAAAGCA